AUGUGGCUGUUGGUGUUUCUGGUCGGACUUGUAGCCUGCUGCUGUGGAACCUAUUGGUUUCUCUUUGGCAGGCCCAGCCUGUUUUUGGAAGAGUCGGUGAGGCCUCCAGGCAAACGUGUAUAUGACCAAAAGGAGCGAGACAAGGUUCUCAAGCAAGGGUUCGGUAUCGACAAAGUGCCGAGGGAUUUGGAUGCCAUAGUCAUUGGGAGCGGCAUUGGUGGUCUCACAGCAGCAGCAACGUUAGCCAAAGCAGGAAGACGGGUCCUGGUUCUAGAACAACAUGACCAGGCAGGUGGCUGCUGCCACACAUUCACUGAGAAGGGCUUUGAGUUUGAUGUUGGACUCCACUACAUCGGUCAGCUGCAUGAGAACAGUCUAUUCCGCAUCGCUCUAGACCAGAUUACAGAGGGCCAACUUGAACUGGUGAAGCUGGAUCAGCACUUCGAUACCAUUAUCAUCGGCACAGGGGAUAAGUGUCGCGACUAUCACAUCUACACAGGCAAAACUGAAAUGGCAGAGCGUCUUAAAGAGCAGUUUCCAGAUGACACCAAAGCCAUAGAUGCCUUCUUCAGAAUCAUGAAGAUUUCAGCUAGGAAAACUCACUACUUGGCCACACUCAAGCUGAUCCCUCUGUGGCUGGCCUUGUCCUUGCUCAAGACCCACAUUGCCCAUUUACUGUCCUCUAUUUUCAAACUCUCUGGCUCCAGUGCUUCAGCCAUAAACAAUCAACUGACCAGCAACAAGGAUCUGCAAGUAAUUUUCUCCUACUUUUUCUAUGGUGUCCCCCCCAAAGACUCCAGCUGUGUCAUCAAUGCGUUGUUGCUACAGCAUUACAAGCGUGGGGCCUAUUACCCUGCUGGGGGGGCGAGCGAGAUCCCCUUCCACAUUAUCCCGAUCAUUCAGAAACGAGGGGGAAACGUGCUGGUGAGAGCGCCUGUCAGUCGCAUCCUGGUCAAUGAAAAAGGAGCUGCCUAUGGAGUGACUGUAAAAAAAGGUCAGGAAGAGGUUGAGGUGCUGGCCCCGGUGGUUAUCUCCAAUGCUGGUGUGUUUACCACAUUUCAGAAGCUCCUUCCACCAGAAAUCCAGGCCAAGGCAGAAAUUCAAGACCGCCUUGAUAUGAUGAAACACGGAAGGGGAAACUUCUUGGUCUUUGCGGGCUUCAACGCCACCCAAGAAGAGCUGGGAAUCGUGUCAACCAACUUCUGGCUCUUCAGAGACAAUGACAUGGACAGCAUGAUGGACGAGUUCUUUGGUCUUGGCAGAGAAGAAGCUCCUGACAACAUCCCUAUGAUGUUCAUUACAUUCCCUUCGGCCAAAGACCCCACGGCAAAAGUUCGUCACCCAGGGAAGUCUUGCAUGACCCUGCUUACCAUGGUGAAGUAUGAGUGGUUUGAGGAAUGGAAAGAUACCGGCACAAGGAAGCGGGGGAGCGACUAUGAGGCUUACAAGAUGAGAUAUGCGAACAAGCUGUUUGACUGGGCUUGUGUCCACUUCCCCAAGCUGAGGGACAAGCUGGUGUUUAUGGAAUCAGCGACACCCCUCACUAACAUGCAUUACCUGGGGGCUCAGCGUGGGGCCAUGUACUCUGCUGAACAAAACUUGGACAGGUUCCACCCAGAGGCUAUAGCUAGGAACAGGUGCUCCACUCCAGUCAAAAAUCUCUUCAUCUCAGGACAGGACGUGUUCAGUUGCGGUAUUGCUGGGGCCUUACAUGGGGGCCUCCUCUGUGCCUCCACAGUGCUCAACCACAUUGUCUAUAUUGACCUCCUUCUCCUAAAGAUGAAGAUGAAGAGGAAGAAAGCUAGAGAGCUGGCUAAGACAGCUAAGAAGCUGGAAUAAACAAUAUGACCAGCAUUUCAGUCCACACCCUUCUCAUCUGCAAGACCUUUCAAGAACUGCAAAAUAUAUUGAACACCAGUGUGGAAUUUUUUUUCAGUUAACAAAAGGACAGGGGCCACUGAAACUUUAAAUACAUACAGAUACAUAAAACAGUACAAGGGCACAUUUAGCAGCAGUGGUCAUGUACAUCUGUGUAAGAUCCAGAAUUUAUUUAAAUUGUCAUGCAGUUCAAAUGUUAACUUCUCAAGAUGAAGUUAGAUACAACCACAUAUUUGCACAGAGAUGCUGAUGCAUUGGACCAUACCAAUGAAAUGCGUUUCCUUGCCGAAAGCAUGAUCCACGACGCUCGAUAUCUCCAUUUCUAUACAAAAUACCCUAGACCAGCUUUCAUUUGACACUGUAUAAAAUAUCAGUCAAGGACAUUCAGCAGUUCACCAAUGAAGCACCAUGAAAUGUUCAUAUUACUGAAUUUCAUAUUACC